UGCGCCCCAGUCCCGGCAGCCAGCAGCCCCACAGCGCUGCCAGAACAGUGGGCCGAUUCUCCGCUAUCCCCUUUAAGGGGGUUUAAAGGCGAGCAGCGACUCCGAUUUCUUUCGGCCAACUUUUUUUUAUAUAAAUAUAGCGAUGAGGAAGCCAGACUGAACCGCGACCGCCAGCCACGUCACCCACCUACUUCGGAUACUUCUAGUUGUUUUUUUAAUAAUAUAACUGGAAGGAAAGGAGCAGACUUUCUAUAAAGGAUGCAUGCAUGUUUUUCAACACCGAGUUAAGAGAAAAUAACAAUUGCCGCAUGUUAAUGAGAACUCGGAAAAAUAGUUUAGAAAAACCUGAUUAACUUUGGGGUCAUAAAUUUAUUCAGGCUAAAGAUUAAGAAAGUUCUACGGAACUGUGCAUAGUGUUUUAAAUCGUAUUCGUUUUUACCGCGACUUUGGUAGAUCAUCCUGAAAAGCCGAGGCGUCUUGUUGGUUAGAGUUUUUAGAAGGAAAAAUCUCCUGAAAACUACUUUGCUGGCUUUGCACAAAAUGAAUAUUUUUCGUCUUUUGGGGGACGUGUCCCAUCUUGUGGCAAUCAUCAUAUUGUUCCUUAAAAUCUGGAGGUCUAAGUCCUGUGCAGGUAUUUCUGGAAAAAGCCAGAUGCUGUUCGCUUUGGUCUUUACCACUAGGUACCUGGACCUGUUCACCAGCUUCAUUUCAAUCUACAACACGGUCAUGAAGGUGGUGUUUCUGAUUUUGGCGUAUGCCACUGUGUACCUUAUCUACAUGCGCUUCCGGAGCUCCUAUGACUCUGAGAACGACUCAUUCCGCGUGGAGUUCCUCCUCAUUCCUGUGGCUGGCCUUUCAUUCCUGGAGAACUAUGACUUCGCGCCAUUGGAGAUCCUGUGGACCUUCUCCAUCUACCUGGAGUCGGUGGCAAUCCUGCCUCAGCUCUUCAUGAUCACUAAGACUGGAGAGGCAGAGUCCAUCACCACGCACUACUUGUUCUUCCUGGGCCUUUACCGUGCCCUCUACCUUGCCAACUGGGUAUGGCGAUACCACACGGAGGGCUUCUUCGACCAGAUUGCCGUGGUGUCCGGUGUGGUGCAGACCAUCUUCUACUGUGACUUCUUCUACCUUUACGUUACUAAGGUGCUGAGGGGCAGUAAAAAGAUGACUCUUCCCAUGCCAGUCUGAGCACCACCGGAAGACACUCCCCCACCCUUUCCCCAAUCCUCAAAUUACCUCCAUCUCAAUCAAGUAUCACACACUUCCACAUAGAGAGAACAUUGUUGUACUCCUCUUAAAUACUAAGGCGAUUUGAGCAAAUAAGAGGUUUCCUUUAAAUGUUUUGAUCGAUGAGCAAAAGUGAGAGGAUCUUUAUUAUAAUACUCCUAAGGUGCGAAAGAAUUCACGUCAAUACUUUGAACCUGGUUUGAUGCUAGUUCGGAACUUUUGUGCAUAUUUAAAUCUGGAAACUUGGUACUCUACACUUUUGUCAGGUAAAAUCUGCCAUAUAAGUGUAUUGUAGGUGUUCAAUGAAAUCCCAUGGGUAACAUUGUAUUGUUGAAUGUUGUCAUCCUGUUUAACAUUUAAUGUUGCGUGUCUGAGCAGAAUAGAUAAGCAUAAGCAGUAUACAAUGUAAUAAAAAUGAGCCCUCAUCUUUUGCAAUGGUGCUGCAGGCCAAAUUAUCGGUAUAAACUCCAAGUAGCUAUACAUGUGUAACAAAGUAAACUCGAUGAAUACAGUGUUCAUGAGCAUAUGAAUUAAAUAUGCCCUGUCUUCUUUAGUGCAAUAUAUAUUGUCCAAAGUAACAUACAGCUGAGUAGAGAGCAGGAUUUGUCAGGGUCCCUGGUGCAAUUGGUGAAAUAACUGCUGUAAUGGGAGUAGAACAGACAGUAUUUACCUACAAGGAGCACAUGCCUAUCUAUCUGGUCAAAUAUUGCUUUGGUCAAUUACUCUUUUUGUCUCAUUUUUCUUGUUUAAUAUUGUUUUGGGCUUGUGAUCAUAGUUUAAAGCCGUUUUGAUAUAAGAAGAUAUCAUUUUUAUGUUGAACAUCCUCAGAGUUUUAAUAGAAAAAAAUUCUGAUGACUUAACAGUGUUUACUGACUUACACAUAGUAAGCGAUAUGUAGUAAAUGUGUGACAUGCGAGACUGAAAUGCGUAUGGAAAAAUGUCAUUGUUUUGUCCUUGACCAUAUAACUCCAUACAUUCUGGUUUAGGAGAUAUCGGUUGGGAUCGUGCCUCGUGUGAACCUUUACUGAUCUGCACACAUUUGUAGAUUCAAUUUUUAAAACGUGACUGGCCAAUUUUUUGUUUUUGUGAAAUUAGCAGAAAUAAAGGAAUGCAAGGGAAAGACCAGGUUGUGAUGUAUCCCAGCUUUCUGAAAUCCUCUAUAGGGCAGGGUCCAAUUCCCCCCCCCCCCCAUGCCCCUUACCUGAGUAAACAAUGGGAAGAUGGAUCAUAUUUUCUUACAACACCUGAGAAUUAGCUAUUUUGCUUACUUUACAAUGAGCAGGUUUGUAAUCUUUUAUAUAUUUUAUUACAUAAAUUCCAGUCGGGAAAGUAGAAAAUCAGUGUCUAGCAUAGUCCAGCAUAUGUUGAGUAUUUUUCACUUAGAUGCAUAUGCAUCAAGGUGGCCUGCAAUUGACACUGUUAGGUUUUAUAACAUGUCACCCAUAAGCAUGAUGGUCACUUUAUAUAAAGUUCAGUUUUACUGGGUACAGUUGGUGUUCAUGCCGUCCCCUACUGGAGGUCGGGUGCUGCUUCACUUUUGUUUCUCGUCACGUGACUCAGUCCAUUUUUAUCUCAUCUGUCCGAAGUGUGAAUCUUGUGAAUCAUUUUCCCAGUGAUUGUUUCGUUCUGGCUAAUUUAGCCAGUGUUGUUCUUGACGAGUACUUUGUACAUCUUCAGCCUUUCAAGAGCAAUUCUUCCUUAGAUAAAAUGUAAAAAACACUAUUGAAUAUCAGGCUAUAAGCAAUAUGUAGUAAUACAAUAAAAAGAAACAAGAUUUUUA